GAGGGUACGGAGGGCGCUCGCUAUACCUCGGAUAAAACAGUACAGAAAUGAACAUUUCACAACCAAUGAAAAGUGAUUUUUUUCCAGACAGGAUGCUAUCAAACUUUAACUAUCUUCAUCUGGUAGUGAUGGGCACUAUCAGGACCCAAUGGUAUUCCUAACAGCCCAAUACCACCAUAUUUCAAUGUGACUGGUGUGGAAUGUGAGGAUGUGACUGUACGCUUCUCAGCUUAUGGCUCCCCUUGCUGCUUAGCCUAAGAGCAAGGCCUCAGACUAUCCUAGUGAGAGAAAGCCCAUAUACAGGUGGACUGUGAUUUUGAUUCUUUGUUUUUCUAUUCCUGUAACUAGCUAAGUGAUAAAAAGUCCACUUAAGUUCUUAAAGUAGAGGCCUUCACAGGCAGGCCUGAAUAUCUAUAAUCUAACACUCCACCCCUUUCUUUUUCUUUUGAGAUCCACCUGCCCAGGUAUCCCUGGAAAGGCGUAGGACAUAUCGCGACACAUUUCCUGAUAGGACCAGGCAUCAAGACACACUUGUAAACAGAGCCAUGGAACUACCAAAUAAAGCUGCUGAAUUUCCAAAUUCCGCUUACCCUCCAGGUUAUGCAGGAAAUCAAGUUCCUUAUGGAUAUCCUCAGUAUCCUUUCCAAAAUGCUCCAGGACAAGCUAAUAAUGCCUUCCAGGGUUACCCAGCAAGAGCUCCAUAUGGACCUGGGGGCCUUCCAGUCCAAAAUCAGCCUUCUGGGCCCAGUGGGGCAGCUUGGAUGCCAGCACCUCCUCCCCCUCUCAACUGUCCACCUGGAUUAGAAUACCUAAGUCAGAUUGACCAGAUAUUAGUUCAUCAGCAAAUUGAGCUUCUGGAAGUUCUUACCGGUUUUGAAACUAACAAUAAAUAUGAAAUCAAAAACAGUUUGGGCCAAAGAGUAUAUUUUGCAGCGGAGGAAAAUGAUUGUUGUACUCGAAAUUGUUGUGGACCAUCACGACCUUUCACCAUGAAGAUCAUUGACAAUAUGGGUCAAGAAGUGAUAGCAUUGCAGAGACCUCUCAGAUGCUCUGCAUGCUGUUGUCCUUGCUGCUUGCAAGAGCUUGAAGUUCAGGCACCUCCAGGUACACCAGUUGGCUACAUAAAACAAAACUGGCACCCCUGUCUGCCUAAAUUUACUGUUCAAAAUGAAGCAAAAAUAGAUGUAUUUAAAAUCAUUGGCCCAUGCGUUGUAUGCAGCUGUUAUGCGGAUAUUAAUUUUGAGGUGAAGACGAUGGAUGAAAGUUCUGUAGUCGGAAGAAUUUCUAAGCAGUGGUCUGGAUUUGUAAGAGAGGCAUUUACAGAUGCUGAUAAUUUUGGAAUCCAGUUUCCACUGGAUCUUGAUGUUAAGAUGAAAGCUGUUAUGAUUGGUGCUUGCUUCCUCAUCGAUUUCAUGUUUUUUGAACAAACUGGGAACAAGCAGCAGCGAGCAGGAGUAUGGCAGUAGAAUCUACUGUUGGACUUAAAAUAUGCUUACGGAGAAAAGUUUCACGCUGCUUUGUGCUCUUUUUCUAAAAUACAUUACAAAAGUCCAGUAUAUAUAGAACAUCUCUGGAUCUUUUGCUUAUUGCUAGUUUCUUUUGUAACUUAGGGUUUAUUGUUUUGAAAUUGCAAAUACAAUUCAAUACCUCUGAUAUUAAUAUAGAUUAAAUCUGUAUAAAUAAUGUGAAAUGUUUGUGAAUCUUCCGUGACUGGAAUUUAAACUGCAAAAUAAUUUCUUUAUUCUUGUGAGCACUUCAUAGAAGAUCUUUUACAGUACAGAAACAUUGGGAGUAAUUCUCUGUCACUUGCACAAAACUACAGUUGAUCCUACAAGAAGAGCAGAAUUUUUAAUAUUCAACGUUGGCAAUGUUUUGAGAUUAUAUAUAUAUAUAUAAAUUCAGUUCUCUGUAAUUGUAUAUUGUAUAUUAAACACUAAUCCUAUAUUUUGUUUAAUUAUGAUAAAAUAGAUAUCAGCAUUCAUAUUUUGAUGUUUGUAAUCUAUGAUUGAUAUAUAUAAAAGAACAUUAUAUGAGAGCAGAGGUAUAAAUGAAAGGUUGAUUUCUUCCACUGUGUUCAUCUGCAUCGCACAAUUCAGAUGUAAAGUUGCCCAACAGAAGCAGAGUGCCUCACUGUAAUUUAACUGCGUGCUAACUGUCUAGUGUCAUUGUGAUACUGGCAAAAGUGAUUCCUAAAGACAUUGUAUACAGCUGGAAGUCUUUCAAAAUUAACAGUUUACCCAAGCAAGAUUAAAGCAGAUAUAACCUCUAUUUUAAAAAUACCAUUUUCCCACUUACCUAGAACAUGAGGGAGAUUUUGGCGUUCUGGGUUAAAAUUUGUUACAGUUGUUGAUCGACCACUUUUUAACUAUUUUAAAAGCUGGAUCAUAUAGUGGCCUUUAAACUCAUCUUAUUUUGAUGAACUUUUGAUUCUUUGUAGUAUGAUGGAAACAUACAUGUAUGGCAGUUUGUACCUUUAGAGAGAAUCACUUGCACAAUAACUACAGUUGAUCCUAGGACCAAGGCAGAUAGAUAAAUAUAUUUAGAGAGAAAAGAAAAAAGUAGGGGGGGAAAAAAAAUCUGUCAGGAACAGUAUUUGGUCCUGCUAGUGAAAGCAGGGGGCUGGACUCGAUGACCUUUCAAAGUCCCUUCCAGUUCUGCGAGAUAGGUAUACCUCCAUAUAUUUAGGAACAAUUAAUGAUUUCUCUCUCUUCUUGCUCUGGUAAUAUCCUUAUUCCUCUUCCCUGCCACUGAUCGAGGCAGUGGCUAUCAGAUGUAUUUAAGAAGACUUAGUAAGUUAAUUUAUUUGUAAACCCAGCAAAUUGGUUAUGGAAAUAGGGAGAGACAGACAUAAAGAGUCCAUGAUGCUAUUUUUAUAUAAACAGUUUUCAACAGUUUUGUCUCCUCUUCUUGAUUAUGAUUUAGAAGCAUUUUUAUUUUAACUGGGUAAGCAUUUGUCAGUUCCCAGCCCCGGUUCUCACAAGCACACACUUGCGUCUCAGUCCCAAAUGUUUAUAACAUGCUAAGGGUGGCAUUUUUGUGUACGUUCCUCUUUCUAUCUGAUACUAGUGACAAGCCUAUUCUAAUUACUUGUUCACUUUUCUCAAACCACAUUCCUUUUGUUUAGUUAUCCAAUCUUUUUAAAUGUGCCAGUGACUUUGCUGAAAUAAUAAAAGGCAGAUGAGCCAAAGAAC